AUGUUGGAUGGGGCUAGCGUCGUGAAUGGCUUUCUAGAGAAGAUCCUUCGCAAGUGCUCGCAAGAGUUGCGUGGGGUCAAUCGAAGUCAGGUGAAUAUCUACGACCCUCGCGUACCGGAGGAAGACAAGAAACCUCUACGGCUGGCAACUCCACUGGAUGGCCUUGGAGUAAAACUGGAGGAAGCUCUAAUUGUGCAAGUGGAGCUGAACGCGCCGAUCUUUGUUAACCAGAUUUACCUGCACGGCCUGAGCACGGACUCGCCCCACCUCGAGCGCGAAGAACUUAUGGAAAGAGUGUACACGAGUUUGUGGGCGGAUAACAACCGAUUCGUCCUCUUAUCAGCGCCUCCAGCCCCGGGAAAGUCCUCGCUGUUGAUCCUGUUUGCUCAUCGGUACACCCACUUGAACUGCAUGUAUGUCAUCGUGGCUGCCGGACAACGUCCGCUUUAUCAUCUCUGCUGGGACCACGCGAAGAUCUGGAUCUACGGUCCCGGCGUCUACGGCCCUGGUGUCUACGGCCCCGGUGUGGGCGUGGGCGUGGGCGGUUAUGGCGCGCCUGCUGCCCCCGCGGCUUACAACAGCUACCCGAGCACGAACGGCGGCGGUGCCACAGCAAGUGCGUCAGCGACUGCGAACGCCAACCGCAAGCUCCGCUCGCAGGAAUGA